AUGGCCGGUGCCAAAAAUGUUAUCCAGGUGCCCGAGCUGGGCUUCUGGGAGAAGGCAGACAUCUCCAUUUCCUUCGCCUCAGUCGUCGUCAACGCACUUUAUGCUGCCAUCACUGGCUUCUUCCGCGGCAAGAGCAGCCCGAGGAAAUAUAGCCAUCAUGUCGCCGCUGCAGCUAUUCGAAGAAUGAUCACCCGACUCUCCAUUCGUCAGAAGCAAUAUCUCGAUCCAACUACAAUACAGACCUACCAGGCUGUGAUGAAACAACGAGGCCUGCAGCCCGAGGUCGUCGACCUCCCUCACGGGACAGAAGGCUGCUGGCUGGGCAACAAGAACGCAAAGAACGUCGUCGUUUACUACCACGGAGGCGGCUUCGCGAUGGCUGCCGGCGCCUCACACUUCGACUUCUGGCUGGACCUCCUCCAAGUCGUCAAUGAUAAGGGUCAUGACAUCGCCGUCUUCUUCCCACGGUACACACUUACUCCGCAUGAAGUAUACCCAACCCAGCUGCGCCAGGCUGUGGGGGCGCUACGAUACAUACUCAAGGAAGCGGGACGAGCCCCAGCCAACGUGAUCGUUGGUGGCGACUCAGCCGGCGGUAACCUCGCCAUGGCAGUGCUGCUGCAUCUUUCGCACCCGCAUCCUGCUAUCGACCCCCUCGACUUGUCAAGCCCCUUGGCGGGCGUGUUUGGUUUUGCCCCAUGGAUCAACUUCAGCCAGGACUGGCCGUCGUUCAAGGAUAAUGCUUACCGGGAUGUCGUCACCGAUGAGGCGCUGGAGAAGUGGUCCAGUGCUUAUCUGGAUGGUAAGCAGGGAGACAGCUGGAGCGAGCCUGACCGCGCGCCAGCGGAGUGGUGGAGGGAUGCGAAGACGGAGCGGAUUCUGCUGCUGGCGGGUGGUGAUGAGAUUUUGCUGGGGCCGAUUGAGUCGUUUGCGAAGAAGGUCAAGUCGGCAUUCCCAAAUACGACAUUCGUUGUUGGAUAUGAUGAGUCUCACGACGCACAUUUGUAUGUCGAGGCGGGCUCAAAGGAGGGGACACAGACGGCAAAUGAGCUGCGGCAGUGGAUAGCUGCUCGCUUGUAA